GUGCAUGGCUCAAGUGAAUGACCGCGUUUUGGUCAAUGGUCAUGCGGCUGUUGUGCGCUACGUAGGAAGUGUGGUGGAUCAUCCUGGAGUAUGGGUAGGAGUGGAAUGGGAUGAUCCCAAUCGUGGAAAACAUGAUGGAAUGGUCAAUGGUGUACGAUACUUCACAACUUCGACACCAAAAGGAGGCUCACUGGUAAAAAUUCAAAAUGUUUGCACUGGAGUGGAUAUACUCACAGCGAUUCAAAAACGGUAUGCGGAUGAUGUUGACGAAAAUGUAUUCGUUGUUAGCAGCAAACCAGUAGAGUUGGUCGGGAUGCAGUCAACAUCCUUGAAGCAAAGUAAUGUCCAUCGACUAAGUCACAUAGUUUUGGAGAGUUGUGGUGUUGCAAAACCACCACCGCAGACUUGUGCGCCAUUCAAAAGAUGUGUUUCGUUGAAUCUAUUCAACAAUCUCUUGCAACGAUGGGAUGACAUUCAUGAGAUUUUGAAGUACUUUCCUGUGCUAAGAGAGCUGGUCUUGAGAAAAAAUCGAAUGGAGUUGGCUAAAGAAGGGCCAGCUUGGGCGGACGUGGAUCAUUUGCAGGAUCUCGUCAUCAGCGAUUGUGGGCUCACAGCGGAUUCAGUGAGCAAUAUUCUUCUAUACUUGCCUAGUCUGCGAAGCAUCUUCGCCGUUAGUAAUAAAUUCGCGAAUUUCCGAGUCCCCAAUCUGGCGGGUAAUCUUACGACUCUAGAUCUUGGAAGUAACCCCAUUAGAUGCUUUUCAAAUAUCUCAGGGAAUCUUAACAGAUUAGAGAAGUUGAGCGUUGCUGAUUGUGGUAUACAAACGAUCUCCAUCGGAGAGGGCCAAUUUCCCAACCUGAGCACUCUGAAUAUCAAGGACAACCCAAUAUCA